GAUGCUGUUGGGCUUUCUCAGCAGUGGCAGCCAUGGAAGGAAUCACUCAACUUACUACAGGUAAACUAAUCUCUUUGUCCAAGCAAGAGCUGGUUGACUGUGAUGUGAAUGGUGAAGACCAAGGUUGUGAGGGUGGCUUGAUGGACAAUGCAUUUGAGUUCAUCAAUCAAAAUCAUGGACUUAGUACUGAGGCUAAUUACCCCUACACUGGUGUUGAUGGUACAUGCAAUGCCCAGAAGGAAGCAAGCCAUGCAGCCUCAAUAACUGGUCACGAAGAUGUGCCUGCAAAUAGUGAAAAUGCCCUUCUUAAGGUCGUCGCUAAUCAACCCAUUUUUGUUGCCAUUGAUGCUAGUGGAUCUGAUUUCCAAUUCUAUUCAAGUGGUGUUUUCACAGGAACUUGUGGAACAAGCUUAGACCAUGGUGUUACUGCUGUUGGUUAUGGAGUCAGUGAUGAUGGGACUAAGUAUUGGUUGGUCAAGAACUCAUGGGGCGCACAAUGGGGUGAAGAAGGGUACAUAAGAAUGCAAAGAGAUGUUGCUGCACAGGAAGGUCUGUGUGGUAUUGCUAUGGCAGCCUCCUACCCCACUGCAUAA